CCAGUUCCUGCUUCAGCUAGCAGAAGACAACCGUGGAGACUUUGCUGUAUCAUGUCGGACGCAGCGCGAUAGCUUAUUAUUUCAAAAUACUCUACAAGAUGGUCUCAUCGUGUAAACAUAACGACAUCGCAGCACCAUGGAAAAGACCAACAAUGUUUCUGGUGUGGCUCGUGGCGAUUGUUUCAUCUUUCCCCCGUGGCGCAGCGGGCACGGAUGUCAGUCCUUGGUACCAGGAUCUUUGCAGUUACAAAUGGGAGGCCAUAGACCUGGACAACAAUGUCAGCUACUCUCUGAAGCUGUGUGACUCCUCUCCAGACACUGGCUGUGGGGCUGGCACUGCCAUCUGUGCCCGCAACCUCACCACACAGAAGGCCCAGUCAGUGGGUGAGCUGUCCCUGCGGAGCGUGACGGGCACCAGCGUGAUGGACUUCAACAGCACGCAGCGUUGCCCCGGCGACAGCAGCGUCAUCCAGAGCAGCAUCAGCUUCCUGUGCAGCAAGACCAUGGGGACACCAGAGUUUGUCACCAUGUCCCAGUGUGUCCACUACUUUGAAUGGAGGACGUAUACCGCCUGUAAGAAGGACAAGUUCAAACCACAUAAAGAGGUCCCCUGCUACGUGUUUGACUUGGACGGUAAGAAGCACGACCUGAACCCCCUGGUCAAGCUGUCGGACGGCUACCUGGUGGACGACUCUGACGACGAGGUGGACUUCUACAUCAACAUCUGCAGGAGCCUGAACCGUUCACAGAGCCCCUGUCCUGAAGGCUCUGCUGCCUGUCUGACCUCCAGUAAGGGCUCCUUCAGCAUGGGCUUGCCCACCCACCAGCUGGAGCUGCUGUCCAACGACAGGCUGAGGUUGCGCUACGAGGGAAGCCCCGACAGCCCGCCAGACUUCUGUAACGGCCACACCCCCGCCGUCACCAUCACCUUCGUCUGCCCCUCGCGUCGACAGGAGGGCACCGAGCCCAGGAUGACAGCCAAGACUAACUGUCGCUACGAGGUGGAGUGGGUGACGGAGUACGCCUGUCACCGUGACUACCUGGAGAGCAAGACCUGCAAGCUGACAAACGGACAGCACGACAUUUCUAUAGACCUCACACACCUCACACUCAGCGCUCAAGAUGCACCGUACUAUGCGGAAGCUAAGAGCCCUGAUGGGAAGGACAGCUACGUGUACUACAUGAACGUGUGUGGCGAGACGCAGGCGGGACAAUGUGGAGACGACAAGCACUACGUCUCAGCCUGCCAGGUCAAAGAGUCCGGAGACGUCACCAAGAUAGCAGGGCGCUACGAGAACCAGACCCUCAGGUACUCAGACGGGGACCUGACCCUGAUCUAUCCAGACGGGAGUCGCUGCAGUUCUGGCUUCCAGAGGAUGACCAUCAUCAACUUCCAGUGCAACCAGACCGCAGGGAACUCUGGGAGGGGCUCCCCAGUGUUUGCUGGGGAGACUGACUGCACCUACUACUUUGACUGGCAGACGGCCUACGCCUGCGUCAAGGAGAAGGAGGAUCUGCUCUGUAGGGUCACAGAGAGCAAGAAGCACUACGACCUUUCACCCCUGACACGCUACCCUGAGUUGGAGUCGGCCCAGAACUGGGAGGCCGUGGACGCCAACGCCCCCGAAUCCGACCCCCGCCGCUUCUACGUCAACGUGUGUCACAAGCUCCUCCAGCAGGGGGCGGCGCUGGGCUGCCCCGAGGACGCCGCCAUCUGCGCCAUAGGCAAAGACAAGACAGCCGUGAGCCUGGGGAAGUUCCUGUCUUCCCCCAAGAAGACAGGGAGUGACCUCAGACUGACGUACACGGAGGGGGACACGUGCAGGAAGAACAAGUGGAUCAGUACCAUCAUGACCCUCAAGUGUAAACCAGGGGACUUGGAGAGCGCCCCCAUCCUGAGGAGUGUGUCGAGUGACGGCUGUCUGUACGAGUUUGAGUGGUACACGGCUGCGGCCUGCGUGCUCGCCCGGGCGUCGGGCGACGACUGCAAGGUGGAGGACCCCCAAGCCGGUAUAUCGUUCGACCUGACCCCCCUGCGCAGGCCGGUGGGCAGCUUCUACAACAUGUCCAGCGGAGACUAUGAGUACCUCAUCAACGUGUGCGGCCAGGUCAAGGCAGCCAAGUGUCCAGACAAGGCUGGAGCCUGCCAGGUGGACCAGAGUGGGACUAGCUCGUGGAGUCUGGGGGACUUUAACUCUCGUCUGUCGUACUACGACGGUCUGAUCCAGCUGUCCUACGCCAACGGCUCCCAGUACAACAACAAGCAGCACACGCUGCGCUCCACCCUCAUCUCCUUCCUCUGUGACCGCGACGCCGGCCUCGGCAAGCCAGAGUUCCAGGUAGAGGAUAAGUACACCUACAAUUUCCGGUGGUACACGUCGUACGCCUGUCCGGAGAGACCCCAGGAGUGUGUGGUGACAGACCUCAACACUCAGGAGCAGUACGACCUGUCCAGUCUCUCCAGGUCCAGCGCCAGCAUAAACUGGCAGAUCAUGGAUUUGUCUGACCCCGGCAACCUCAGGAAGUACUACAUCAACGUGUGUCGUCCCCUCAGACCGGUGGCCGGCUGCGACCGCCAGGCGUCCGUGUGCCAGAUGAAGUACGAGCCGCGGGAGGUCACCCUCACGGAGACGGUCUCCGUCAGCAACAUGGGCGUGGCCAAGCGCGGGCCCGUCAUCGAGGGCCGCGACCGCCUGCUGCUGGAGUACACGGACGGCUCGGUGUGCCACGCCGGCGGCCUUCAGCUCAGCUACACCACGCGCAUCCACCUGGCGUGCUCGCGCGGCUCCGUGUCGUCCGGGCCACGCUUCCUCACGGAGCAGAACUGCACCGCCAACUUCUUGUGGGAGACGAGGGCGGCGUGCGCCAUCCGAACCACCAGCAACGUUAGCAACACCUGCUCAGUGGUGGACCCCAUCUCUGGCUUUGAGUUCAACCUGCUACCACUGGCCUCCGAGACUGGCUACAAGGCUGAGGGCAAUGGCAAGACCUUCCUGGUGAACAUCUGUGAGGCGGCGUCCGAGUGUGGCUUGGCGGGGGGCAAGCCCGUGGCAGGGUGCGAGCUGGAGGAGGGCCGAGCCAUCGGCCCCGUGGGGGUGGAGAGGACCCUCAAGUACUCCACCAACAAUCUGCUCACCCUCACCUACAAGGGAGAGCUGGACAAGCCUACAGGCACGAGGGACACCUUCACGAUGAGUUUCGUGUGCGACCCGGAGGCCCACCCAGGCCGCCUGGAGCUGGUGAAGGAGGAGCUGAGCUCGUCCGCACACACCACCCACGACGUCUUCUUCCAGUUCCACACCGCCCUGGUGUGUGUCCCCGCCCCCGUGGACUGCCAGGUCACCGAUUCCCACGGUAACGAGUAUGACUUGAGCCACCUGAGCCGCGAUGUAGACGACAGCCCCUGGACGGCCCUCGACACGUCGGACCAGGCCAGCAAGCGCUCGCUCUACAUCAACGUGUGCAAACCCUUACCCUCUGUACACGGCUGCCCGGUCGGCCCGCUGGGGGCGUGUGGGACUAUCGGGGGGGUGGGGGUGAACCUGGGCUACAUCCAGUCCAGCCCCCAGGUGGCGUCUGACGGCUCGGUCAGCAUCGUUUACCUGAACGGAGACAGGUGUGGCGAGCAGGGGCGCUACUCCACACGCAUCCUCUUCCAGUGUGACGACCACCCGGGCUCUCCCGUGUUCGACCGGCUGGACGGCUGUGAGUACGUGUUUGUGUGGAGGACCUCAGAGGCAUGUCCCCUCAGGAAGACCCAGGGCGACGACUGCAGGGUGAGGGACCCCAGGAGUGGCUACGUGUUUGACCUGAGCUCCCUGUCGGGUCAAGACUUCAAAACGCUGAGCGCCCCUUACCAAUACCACCUGUCCGUCUGCGGGGGGCUGAAUAAAGGCAUUUGCACCCACAAAGACACAGGAAGUGACCUUGUGUCUUCCUGUCAGGUGGAAGGAAGCACUCAUAGAAUCGCUGGCAUGGCGUCCAAGAUCUUGAGCUACGUGGGAGACCAGAUUGUGCUGAACUACACCAACGGAGAGACCUGUCACAAGAUCUACCAGAGAUCCACUGAGAUCUACUUCACCUGCCACCCCGACAAGACCCCGGGGGCGCCCGAGUUCAUCAAGGAGACCCCAGGGUGCACCUACCUGUUUACCUGGCAGACUUCUCUGGCCUGCAUUCCUGUCAAGACCGCCAGCUGUUCCUACAACGACGGUAAGGGACACUCCUACGACUUGUCUUCGCUAGCCAUGGACUCUAGGAACUGGGUGGUGGAGUCCUCCACUGGGGAACAGCAGCGUUACUAUAUCAACGUCUGCAAGUCUUUAGUUCCCCAGGGUGGCUCCUGGAAGUGUCCGUCAACUGCCGCUUCCUGUUUGAAGAGCGACAACCAGUACGUGAGCCUGGGGGAGGCGGAGUCUGCGCCAACGUUCCACAACGACGUGCUGGUCCUAAAGUACACCGGCGGAGAGAUGUGUCCCAACAAGCUGAGGAAGAAGAGCACCUUCAUCCGCUUCCAGUGCGACAAGGACAAAGUGGACUCGCGGCCCACCCUGAUCACAGCCUUGGAGGACUGUGUGUACACCUUCGUCUGGUUGACCGCAGCGGCCUGCCCUCUCAACAGCAGCCAGCAGGGAGACUGCAGAGUCACCAACCCAGCCAGCGGUCACCUGUUUGAUCUGAACUCUCUGAACCGCAAGGGAGGCUACACCGCUUACGACAACCGGGACCCACGCAAAAUGUUCAGGCUCAAUGUGUGUGGGGGGAUAGACAACGCAGGCUGCCAAUCAGAGACAGGCGUGUGCAUCAAAGACAGCCAGAGCGCGGUGAACGGUGGCACGUUCAGCAGGAAGUUGUCCUUCCUGGACCAGGUGCUGGAGCUGACCUAUGAGGGCGGAGACGCCUGCGCCGCCAACCCCGCCCUCAAGCACAAGAGUGUGAUCAGCUUUGUGUGUCGCUCGGAGGCGAGGGGCGGGGCCCAGGGGACGGGGCCGGUGCUGGUGGACUCGGAGCAGGACACCUGCACCCACUACUUCUCCUGGCACACCCCCCUCGCCUGCGAACAGCAGGUCAAGUGCUCGGUUCUAAACGGGUCGACUCUGAUCGACCUGACCCCGCUGAUCCACCUUGCUGGCUUCUACACGGCCACGAAUGAGGACGGUGACAAGGACCAGACCCCAGACUUCUACGUCAACAUCUGCCAGCCCCUCAACCCCAUCCCUGGGGUCAACUGUCCCCCCGGGACCAUCGUCUGCAUGGACCCUGUGGAGGGGCCACCCAUAGACAUUGGAAGAGUCUCGUCCAGCCCACAGUUCAGCACGCUCACCAACGAGGUGUCAAUCACCUUCAACAGCUCCACCCCCUGCGUCUCUGACUCCGCCUUAAACUACACCUCCACCAUCGUCUUCAUCUGCCAGAGAGGCCUGGAUCUGGGCUCUCCCCAGAUGGUCCGUCAGCAGGGCUGCGAGUACGCGUUCGAGUGGGCCACGCCCCUGGUGUGCCCCGACGCCACGCGAACCAAUGGCUGCACCCUGACCGACGACCAGCUUCAGUUCACCUUCGACCUCGCUGCCCUGUCCGGGGAGGUCAGCGUGGCCGCGGGGGCGGACUCGUUCAAGAUCAACGUGUGCGGGGCCGUGUCGGACUCCGGCUGCAAAGGCGGCGCCGUGUGCCAGCUGCCAGGGGCGGGAGGGGGGGUGCCGGCAUCCUACGGCAUCAGCCAGGCCAUGACCAUGGACUACCGUCACGAGGAGCAGGGGGUCCUCAUGCAGUAUGGAGGGGGGGACCCCUGUCCCACAGUGACAAAAGAGGGCGAGGUGUGCGUGUUCCCCUUCAUUUUCCAGAAGUCACCCUAUUCUCAGUGCACCACAGAGGGGCGUACCGACGGCAAGCUGUGGUGUUCCACCACCAGCAACUACAACAAGGACAGGAAAUGGGGCUUCUGUGUCAAAGUCUCAGAGAAGCGCCAGUCCUCCAUCCUGUUCACCUGUGACCAGUCGGCCAACCAUGGGACCCCCCAGUACCUGAGUGGGACGGAGGGCUGUGCCGCCACCUUCCGGUGGCCCACCAGCGCUGUGUGCCCCCCCAGUAAGAUGGAGUGUAAGCUGGUGAGCCAGCACAAGACCUACGACCUGCGCACCCUCUCCUCCCUCACCAUGCCGUGGAAGUUCAGCCACGGAGGAGACUCGUACUACAUCAACCUGUGCCAGAGUAUACACGGAGGCCUGAAUGACUGUCCUCAGGGGGCUACAGUCUGCAGGAAGACCAGCCAGGGCCUCACCCAGACCCUGGGGCGGGUCCACACCCAGAAGAUGGGCUUCGCUGAUGGUUCGCUCCAGGUGAACUACACCCUGGGAGAUGAUGUUUGUGGGAACGGCCUCAAGGCCAAGACUGUAGUCCAGCUAAGCUGUGGCUCUACUGUGGGACACCCCAGACUCAUCAGCAUUGACAAGGCCACAUGUGAGUUCCUGCUGGGCUGGGAGACCCGUGCAGCAUGCGCUGUGAAACAGCGUGAGGUGGAGAUGGUCAACGGAACCAUCCGGGUCCCCGACACCGGAGCCAGCAUCAGCCUGGGGGCCAUCUACACCAAGCUCCACCAGGCAUCAGGGGACAUCCGCCCCAAUGGAGACCGCUACAUGUACGACAUUCAGCUCUCCGGCAUCACCAACUCCUCCUCCUCGUGUCUCGGUGCCAACAUCUGCCAGGUCAAGCUCAACGGGGACUACUGCCGCAACAUUGGCUCCUCCAGCAAUGCCAAGUACUUCAUCAAAGGUGGCAGCCUGGACAUGCUGGUGCCGUCCGAGUCUGUGUGUGGGCGGGACAAUUCGAAGAAGGUCUCAUCCACCAUCGUGUUCCACUGCAACCCACUGGUGGGCGAGGGCAUCCCAGAGUUCAUGCUGGAGACGGACGGCUGUCAGUACCUGUUCAGCUGGCACACCUCCACUGUCUGUGGACUGAUGUCUGUGGACCCUUCCAAACAAGCCAAAGAUGAUGGAGGGGAGAACCCGGGUCUGUCUGGGCGGAGCCAGGCAGUCGGGGCCGUUCUGAGCGUGCUAUUGGUCGUUCUGACCAUCUGUCUCCUGGUCCUGCUGCUCCACAAGAGAGAGAGGAGGGAGCUGGUACUGCAAAAGGUGGCAGGCUGUUGCAGGAGAGGAAAGCCUGUGGCCUACAAGUACUCCAAGGUGAACAUAGAUGACGAAGGGGGCGAGGAGGAGAUGGAGUGGCUGAUGGAAGAGCUGGAGGCCCCACCCCCCGGCAGGGGGGGGAAGGGCGGUCAGGAGAACGGCCACAUCACCACCAAGCCCGUCAACGCCGACGCGCUGCGCUCCUUCACGUUGGACGAGCAGGAGGAUGACGACAGCGAGGACGAGGUCCUGAGUGUGCCCGGCGUGCGGGUGAUGACCCGAGGCCAGCGGGCCCCCUCCCGACCCCUGACCUCCGGCCCCCGCAGCGCCCUGCUCCAGGAGGAGAGCGACGAGGACCUGGUCGGCCUAUUGGACGACAGCCAGAGGAGGAAGAGCCGCGGAGGCAGGCAGUCCCGCCCCCGGCAUGACGGAGCCAAUAGGAAACGAGAAGACGACGACAGCGACGAGGAUCUGCUGAGAGUGUGAGGUCAUAUCCUCCUCCGUCCACCCGAACUAUUCCCUCUGGAGUGUUGCCAUAGCAGCAACAGCAACCGUGUGUAGCUCUCUGGGUCUUUGAUGUGUAUAAAGGGAAUGAUGAUGAUGCUGCAGAACGACUGGCUGUUUACAGAAGCUCUGUUCGGUUCCUCCUCCUCCCCCUGAAAGAAAUAUUUCAAUGCCUUCCUGAUGACAAACGCCGUUUUCAUCAAUGAAAUGUUUUCUUUUCUUUCUUUUUUUUCUUUUUCGGUUCGUACUGAUCCGAUUCUGUUGAUUUGAUGGAUGUACAUAGGUAAUGUCAUGUAUGGACUUUCAUGCGGUCACAUGCUUCUUUAUGGAAAUGUUGUUUAUUUUUAUUUAAGAGAACUGAGUUUGCUCCGUCAAAAUUCCCGUUGGCUGCUGGCUGUCUGUGAGAAGGGUGAACAGGAUGCGGCCUUAGUGUGAAUGGGACUGUCUUGCGGGCCGCAGACUCAAACUUGUAUCAGAGACACCCACAUCAUGAAUGAACAUCGGUACUCUGCCAGUUGUAUUCAUUAGUCCCCCCCCCCCCCUUGUAAGCCAUAUUUAUUCAACAACAAUCACAAUCACCAUAAAGUGGUUUGUCUGAUGUUUGCACAUACGCCGACUUUCUCCCCCCACAUAGACACCUACGUAGACAAACUCUGCUUCUAGAUAUUGCCUUGUCACAACUUUUUAGUUGACUUUUUAGUUCUUUUUUUUGCCAAAUGCAUGAACUAGCCUGGAUGGCUGCUAUGGGAUCUAUGGGUCGGAAAGGCAGGACGUUGUAUCUGACAGUUUGAGGUACAGUUUCCUCAUCUUGGACCCUCCGGUGGGUCUAGCUACAACACGACACUUUGAGUGUACAAUUUCUUCUCUGGGAAACUAUUUAUUGAGCUCUUCUUUCCUUUGUAACACGUCCUUUUUACAGCCUGGGUUUUUGAGUUUAGACGGUAGAUAAAUAUAUUGGAACAAGCAGUAUGUAUUUUGUGAUUGUCACAUACUAGUUUUUAUCACGCUGUUAGGAUCGGUGUUGUCAUUUUGCAGUGUGGAUUUUACCAACCCUCUUAAGAAGGAUAUUAGAAAAGUGGCACGUCCACGAAUAAGGCAUUAUUGAUAAAUGAUAAAUUACUUUUUAUAACUCAAUAGGCAGGUAAAUAUAUAUAUAUAUAAGACAAAGUAAUUAAAUACAUACUUGUUGUUCCUUUAUAUUUACCCAGUAAUGAUUGUGACCAGGUAGUUAUAGUACAUACUUUUACAUAUUGGCACACACCACACAAAAGCUUAUAGGCAGUUACCAUUCAAAGGAUGUUAAACAUACCACACUUGCUUAUCUUGGUCAUUGGCCUAAUUACAAAUAAACUGUACAAACCUCCAUUGUACACCGUAUGUCCUGUGCACUUCCGUAGAUCUAAAAGAAGAUGCAUAGGAUGUAGCGUCUAGAGGUGGCUUUGGGACUAUGACUAGGGAUUCACUUUUGAAUGUUAAAGGUACUAAAUGGUCCCAGUAAAGUUUGGGAGUGGAUUCAGUCCGAUUGCAGUGUUUCAGCAUCAGUGUUGAAGCUAACAUUCUGUUAGCAAGCGAAAGAGCGUUUGGCCAUAUAGCUACUCAAUCCAAAAACAAGAGUUCACCAUUCAGGGUAUUUCUAUACAACGUAGUGGGGAGUUUUGCCAAAGCGGCCCUCCUGCCUCAUAAAUGGAGACUCGCGUAUGUUUCGCGGUAUUACAGUAACACUGUAAAUGCCGUUGGGCAGGUUUUAGUUGUGCCAUGAUGUCAAAUCAACAGUAAUACAUCCCUGCAGUCUGCUAGUAUGUUGUUUAGGUUCGGACAUCUCUGAUUAAGAAUCAAGAGUGGAUGAAGAGCAACUUUAUUAAAAUAGAUAGAUACUUUAUUGAGCCCAAUGGAAAUGUAGACAAGGUCAGAACUUCCACAGGUCAUCAUGACAGUCAGUCAGUAGACCUGUGGCUGUGUGUGAGGCUUGUCCCUUCUAACUUGGGAGCUUACUAAGGCACUUUGAGAUUGGCAAAGGUACCUCAACUAAAUUGGUUCAUCUUACUUUUCCCCAAUGGUCAAGGUUAGGCUUUUUAGGGACUAUGCUGAUUCCAGAUAAGACCUUAACAUCAACUUCACUCACUAGCUGCUUGCUACCCCUAAUCAAAGGGAGAUUGAUUGAUACGGAUGACAGAUGAUCGUGUGUAUUUGUGUGGUCUAUUUCUGCUGUAAGCAUAAAUCUGCCCAGAUUGGUCCAGAGUGUAUUUGAUUGUUGUAUCAUGUGACAGGGAGCUGGUCAUGUGACAGGAAGUCUUCUCUGUGAGCUGGUACUUUGAGAGGGGCUUUAUGUUCCUGUACGUUGUGCUCAAACACAUUUUACUGCUUUGUCUGUUUUCCUAUUUAAAAUGUUGACGUAAAAAUAUUGCAUUAUUUGAAUAAAACGAUUCGCCGUUA